GCGUUGUUACCAGGGAAACGGCACACAGGACUGGGAGGCGUUGGGACGCAGUCAUGCUAACACGCUAGCUAGCUCGCUAGCUUCCAGCUGGAGAACCAGCGGCUGUUAUUAAAUAUUAAAAAUGAUGGUCCGUCCGCGUCACACAGUAACAGUUUAGAGCGCGACCUUUGGUCCCGCUGCGCGCGCACACAGCCUCUUCUCUGCCCGUCCGUCUGUUAGCUGUUAGCAUGUAGCAUGGCAGCAGCGGUGUCCGGAGGCUAACGAAGCUAACAAGGCAGCUAAUGAUUAGCUUGUCGCGCUAAUCUGAAUAUUACCCGGAUAAUCAGCCCGUUAGUACGGAGCUAACUGCCGGGUUAGCACGGGAUGGAUGUGAGUUAACAGUCUGACCCGGGUCUGUGAGACGAGCCGAGCCGUGCCGAGCCGGGUCAGGAGGCCCGUUAAGCAGGAUGGAUGUGUGCAGUAAGAACCGUACGGCGCCCCUCAAUGCCGACGGCCCCCAGCGAGCCAACGUGCCGCUCUGCUCUCGAACCAACGGCUGGAGCUGGCCGCCUCACCCCUUCCAGCUGCUCGCCUGGCUGCUCUACGUCUACUUCGCCGUCACCGGCUUCGGCGUGUUCGUGCCGCUGCUGCCUGCUCACUGGAUCCCUGCCGGCUACAUCUGUACGGGCGUGCUGUUCGUGUGCCACCUGUGUGUGCACGUGAUGGCCGUGUCCAUCGACCCGGCCGACUACAACGUCAGAACCAGGAGCCACAAAGGUCCGGUGCCCGAGUUCGACCGCUCCAAACACGCUCACGUCAUCGAGAACUGCCACUGCUACCUCUGCCAGGUGGACGUCGGUCCGAAGUCGAAGCACUGCAGCGCCUGUAACAAGUGUAUCUCUGACUUCGACCAUCACUGCCGCUGGCUCAACAACUGUGUGGGCAGCAGGAACUACAGGCUGUUCCUCCACAGCGUGCUGUCUGCUCUGCUCGGCGUCUGUGUACUUCUGGUCCUUUCCUUCUACGUCUUCAUCCAGUUCUUUCUGGACCCGUCCAAACUCCGCACUGACAGACACUUCCUGGUGAGGAACGAUACGUCCGUGUGGCUGGUGUUCCUGCCUCUGGCUCCGGUGGGCUCGGCGGCCCCGGUGAUUCCUGCCCUGGCUGCCGUCACCAUGGCUCUGGCUCUGCUGUCCCUGGUGCUGCUCUGCCACCUGCUCUGCUUUCACAUCUACCUGAUGUGGAACAGACUCAGUACCUUUGAGUACAUUGUGCGACAGCGUCACCGUCAGGACGGCAGAGACUCGAGGACCCCAGGAUCAGUGACGGAGACGGGGGCCCCCCCACUACACCUCGUCAAGGACGGGAACUACUCCGAGACUCUAGGUUACACCAACUCUCAGCUGGACCUGGAGGAACGUACCACUGUGGCUGUGCGGGGGGAGGCAGAAUUCCUGGCUAACGGCAGAGUGAGGACCGUGUCUAGUCCUGUCAUGGAGGAAGAAGCUCCGCCCCUGACGUCUACAGAGCUACACACAGCAGCACACACACACCGUCGCACACAGAAAAAGAAGAAGAAGAUUCGUAAAGUUCCAGCGGAGGUUAGCAGAGAGCACUGCCCAAACUCAACACCACCACCAGCAGAGACCGCGGCUGUGUCCACUGUGUCCCUGGCUCAGAGACUACCUUUCCCAGCAUUCCCUCUGAGGGCUGUGUCCACUGUGUCCCUGACUCAGAGACUACCUUUCCCAGCAUUCCCUCUGAGGGCGUCCCUGCCCCCAUUGGCCCCCUCCCUGGCCCCCGUCCAGGCGGCCGGCCCCCCUGCUGAGUACCACUCGGACUCUGCCGAGUCUCUGGAGGAGAUCCCUGUGGCGUUGGCCAAGCUGGGCUCCUCCUCGGCCGCCGCUGCCAGAGACGCCUCCACGCCUUCACACAGAGCCGCCAUGGCGUUCCCCCCCCCCUCCCCCCAGCCCAGGACUAAGAGGAAGGCCGCCUUCUCCAGCGCUAACAGGAGCGCUAACGAGCUGCGCUUUGAGAUGGCGUCCACUCAGAACCCGCUGGUGUUUGUUAGCCGGGCCAGCGGCGAGGCCGGCACCAGGCCUGCGUCCCGCGGGUUGCUGGGCUUCGAGCUCUGACCUCUGACCUCUGACCUCUGACCUCUGACUCCUGCCUACGCACAACGACUGGUUUUGUAUCCGGGGAUAUUUCGUGUUGUUGACUUUUUAUUCCGAUGCCAAAGCUGAGAUCCUGUCUGAGCACAAUCUGAACGUCACCUGUCCAGACCUUCCUUACCUUGUUUACAUUUCUUUCAACCAAUCACACGGUCUCACGCAGCGACGGUGGCUCUGCUACAUAGUCUCAGGAAGGAACUGGUUUUGGUGGAACAUUAUGCUGUUAGUGCUAAUAUAUCAUUACAUAUGCUAACAUAUCAUUA